AUGCGCGAGAUCGUCCACAUCCAGGGAGGCCAGUGCGGCAACCAGAUCGGCGCCAAGUUCUGGGAGGUCAUCUCCGAUGAGCACGGCGUCGACCCCACGGGCACGUACCACGGCGACUCGGACCUCCAGCUCGAGCGCAUCAACGUGUACUACAACGAGGCCACGGGCGGCCGCUACGUGCCCCGCGCGAUCCUCAUGGACCUCGAGCCCGGCACCAUGGACUCGGUCCGCGCGGGCCCCUUCGGCCAGCUCUUCCGCCCCGACAACUUCGUCUUCGGCCAGACGGGCGCGGGCAACAACUGGGCCAAGGGCCACUACACGGAGGGCGCCGAGCUCAUCGACUCCGUCCUCGACGUCGUCCGCAAGGAGGCCGAGUCCUGCGACUGCCUCCAGGGCUUCCAGCUCACCCACUCCAUGGGCGGCGGCACGGGCGCCGGCAUGGGCACGCUCCUCAUCUCCAAGAUCCGCGAGGAGUACCCCGACCGCGUCAUGUCGACGUACUCGGUGAUCCCGUCGCCCAAGGUGUCGGACACGGUCGUCGAGCCCUACAACGCGACCCUCUCCGUCCACCAGCUCGUCGAGAACUCGGACCAGUGCUUCACGCUCGACAACGAGGCGCUCUACGACAUCUGCUUCCGCACGCUCAAGCUCACGACGCCGACGUACGGCGACCUCAACCACCUCAUCGCGGCGGCCCUCUGCGGCACGACGUGCUCCCUGCGCUUCCCCGGCCAGCUCAACUGCGACCUCCGCAAGCUCGCGGUCAACAUGGUGCCGUUCCCGCGCCUCCACUUCUUCAUGGUCGGCUUCGCGCCCCUCACGAGCCGCGGCUCCCAGCAGUACCGCGCCCUCACGGUGCCGGAGCUCACGCAGCAGCAGUUCGACGCGAAGAACAUGAUGUGCGCCGCGGAUCCCCGCCACGGCCGCUACCUCACGUGCUCGUGCCUCUUCCGCGGGCGCAUGUCGACGAAGGAGGUCGACGAGCAGAUGCUCAACGUCAUCAACAAGAACUCGUCGUACUUCGUCGAGUGGAUCCCGAACAACGUCAAGUCGGCGAUCUGCGACAUCCCGCCCAAGGGCCUCAAGAUGUCGACGACGUUCAUCGGCAACUCGACGGCGAUCCAGGAGACGUGGAAGCGCGUGGCGGAGCAGUUCACGGCCAUGUUCCGCCGCAAGGCGUUCCUCCACUGGUACACGGGCGAGGGCAUGGACGAGAUGGAGUUCACGGAGGCCGAGUCCAACAUGAACGACCUCGUCUCCGAGUACCAGCAGACGCACCGGGGCGUCGGGCCGACCCGAUCGGUGGUCGCGGCGGCGCGGGAGGCGCGGGAACGUCGCGUUGUGGUGCUCGCGGACCCGCGGGACCGGCGCGCUCGGCCGCUCGGCCGGAUCGCGACGGAUUCGGCUAAUUUUUGGACCGUUCGAAUGCGCUCGGUCCCGCCGUCGCGGCGGGCGCGGCGCGGCGCGCGGCGCGUCGCCCGGACCGCGGCGCUCGUCGCGGCGGGCCGCGCGCCGGCGCUCGGAUCCGCCGUCGCGGGGCCGUGGCUCGCGGGCUGGUGCUUCGAGUGCGCCUGGCAGCUCGUCUUCGCGUCGCUGCCCAUCCCGGCGUCCGACGGCGACAAGGCGACGAAGCUGGGCAUCCUCGUGCCCGCGGCGGUCCUGCUCCUGUCGGCUUUUUCGUCGUUCCUCGUCGCCGCCGCGCGCGUCGCCGAGGCCUACGGGGCCGCGUCGGACGCGGAGAAGGCGCUGCUCGCGGCGCCCACGGGCAUCAACGCGGCCUGGCUCUCGGCGGCGGCGGGCAUCGGCCUGAGCCUCGUCCUUCAACUCGCGGCGCCGGCGCUCGCGGGCCCGCGCGGCGCCGCGGCCCUGCUGGCCCUCGUCCUCGCGCUCGCGGGCUACGUCGUGCCGCGCUUCGUCAAGCGCGACCGCGCGCCGGCGCUGGGCCUCGCCUACGCCGGCGCGGCCUGCUGGGCCUGCUUCGGCGUCACGCGAGGCGACGUGCCGGACGCGGUCCGCUACGUCGCGCACUACGGCGGGAUCGUCCUCGCCGUCGUCGCCGCGGCGGCCCUCUCCGGGUCCCUCGCGCUCCGGCCCCGGCCGGGCAAAGCCCCCGCCGCCGAGCCCCUCAAGGUCGAGGAGGACGACGCGCCGAAGAACGCCCUCGCGUAGGCCGCCGUUUUUACGCCCCUAAGAGCCCGUGGACGCG